AGUGCUCCUUUGCUGCUUACACCAGUCAUACCCUGACUUGUAAAAGCCACAAGCCCUGCGAGAUACCUUUCCGCGCGGGUUGGGGCCCGAACGCCGGCCAAGGUUUAUCCUCUGACCUUGAGGAAGACGGAGACUCCCGCUCCCUCAAACCUUAAGGGCUAAGGAGCCGCGGCAGCAAGUGCGCACCAACAAAGCCUCCUCGAACACCACGGAAGAGGAAACGGCGGCUGCGGGGCUGGUAACUUUUUUUUGACGGGUGGCCUCUACGCAGAGCCUCGGCUUUCUACUGGGCGCCCCCCACCGCUUCGCUUCUUUAAAAGACCGCAGCAGGCAACCAUUCGCCAGCGCGCAGCGCCGACCGCCCCGAGGACGUCACCGCCGCCCGGUCGAGCCUCCAGCCCGUCCCCCCGCCCGCCUUUACCUUCCUUCUCCAGUGACGCGGCGGCGGUCUGGGCAGCGCACGCUGUCACAUUUACCCGCGUGUACUCCAGCCUGCCAGUCUUCUCCUGCGGCGGGGUCUCGAAGAUGGCGGCUCUCAAACUCCUCUCCUCGGGGCUUCGGCAUUGCGCCUCUGCCCGCGGCGUUGGGGCUGCCUGGAGCGGACCCGCUCUGUCCAAGGGAUGUGUUUGCAACUUUUCAACCAGCACUGGUCUCCAUACCAAAUUUUAUACAGAUUCAACAGAAGCUGUAAAAGACAUCUCUGAUGGUGCAAAGAUUCUGGUUGGUGGUUUCGGGUUAUGUGGAAUUCCAGAAAACCUUAUAAAAGCUUUACUAAAGACUGGAGUCAAAGGGCUAACUGCAGUCAGCAACAAUGCAGGGGUUGACAACUUUGGCUUGGGCCUUUUGCUUCAAUCCAGGCAGAUAAAACGCAUGAUCUCUUCUUAUGUGGGAGAAAACGCAGAAUUUGAACGACAAUACUUAUCUGGUGAAUUAGAAGUAGAGUUGACACCUCAGGGCACACUUGCAGAGAGGAUUCGUGCCGGUGGGGCUGGUGUUCCUGCGUUUUACACCAGCACAGGGUAUGGGACCCUGGUACAAGAAGGAGGGGCACCGAUCAAAUACAACAAGGAUGGCAGCAUUGCCAUUGCCAGUAAGCCAAGAGAGGUGAGGGAGUUUAAUGGUCAACAUUUUAUCUUGGAGGAAGCAAUUACAGGGGAUUUUGCUUUAGUGAAAGCUUGGAAAGCAGACCGAGCAGGAAACGUGAUUUUCAGGAAAAGUGCAAGGAAUUUCAACUUGCCUAUGUGCAAAGCUGCAGAAACCACAGUGGUAGAGGUAAGAGAAAGAGGUUGUUUCUAAUUUCUUUGUGUUAAU